AUGGUUUUGGACCCUGUCAAGGGCACAGUCUUCCUCUGUCUCACUGGCCUUGGCAUUGUGGGAAACAUUUUAGUUUUUGUUAGCUACAUGCACAUAUUUGUGAGCACCGAGGAGAAGAAGCCAAUCCACCUCAUCCUUGCUCACUUGGCACUUACAAACAUCAUAAUGCUGCUUUCAAAGGGUAUGCCAAAGACAAUAGAAGCCUUUAAUUUUGGAAACUUCUUAGAUGACACCAGUUGUAAAGUUGUUGUUUACCUGGCAAGAGUGUCCUGGGGCCUUUCAAUCUGCACCAGUAGUCUCCUCACCGUGGUCCAGGCCAUCACCAUCAGUCCCAGACACUCCAUGUGGCAGAGGCUCAACCUGAAGACUCCACAGAACGUUCUGUCCUCACUACUCUUCUUGUGGAUACUCAAUUCUUUGAUCAGCGUGAACUUAACAUAUUAUAUUAAAAACAUCAAUAGUGUGAACAUAACACUGGUUAGGAAAAGGGGCAACUAUUGCUAUUUUCUGCCUGAAAGCUGGAUAACAAGAUGUAUUUUUCUCAUCUUAAUGAUCCUGAGAGACGCAGUGUUCCAGGGCGCCAUGGGAGGGGCCAGUGGCUACAUGGUGUUUCUUCUCCACAAGCACCACCAGCAUGUCCUCUACCUUCAGAACUCCAAGCUUCUCUACAGAACUCCCCCUGAGCUGAGAGCUGCUCAAAGUGUCCUCAUUUUGAUGGUGUGUUUUCUUUUCUUUUACUGGGCAGAUUGUUUUAUUUGUUUAUACUUUACUUUUUUCAUAGAUGAUUCUUCCACAGUAUUAUAUAUUCCAGAGUUCCUAACCAUUGGUUAUGCAGUUCUCAGUCCCUUUAUGCUGAUUCACAGAAAUGGACACCUGACUAGAUGCUGCUAUACUCAUGAGACAGAUCAGGCAUUGAUACACGUCCAUUGA